UGCUGAUAAAGUUGCGCUUGUUGGAGCUUCCGGUGUCCUUGUGUCAUGGUGGAGUACAAGGAGAGCCCGCUAGCCAGCCGGCCGGAGGGGCUGGACCCGGCCCGGUACUAUGAGCAGACCCCGGAGCAGCGGCGGCUGCAGGAGCAGAGACAGGCCCUCAGGGCCCGCACCAAGUGGGACUACCAGCUCAAACUCAACGACCCCUACAGGCCCAGCCAGCUGGAAGAUCCAGCUGUGACCCGUUGGAUGUACGCCCGGAGUCAUAACAUUUACCCCAACUUCAGAGCAACGCCCAAGGUGUCCUUGAAGGGCCUGUUCUGGGCGACGGUCCCAUUCUUCUUCUUCUACACCAUAAUCACCAGAGACCGGGAGAAUCGUGAGAAGCUGAUCAAAGAGGGUAAAUAUGAGCGCCCGUUUGCCCUGUCCAGCUGAUACCCUACCUCUCAGGACUGCAUUAACUAUUCUUUCAAAUUAUUCCUCACUAUGGUCAUUGUCCAUAUUAUUAAAAUAAACCUGUAAUAUAUUUCCA